AUGUCUUCAUUUGUGAAGGUUGCUGAGAAGAAGGAAACACUCAAGAAUGUCACAGACUACAUUACCAAUGUUGUUUGCAAACGUGCAGAACUUGGUUACAACUAUGGAGUUGUCCUAAUACCGGAAGGUUUGAUUGAUUUCAUCCCAGAGAUUCAAAACCUCAUUGCAAAAUUGAAUGAAAUUUUGGCACAUGAUGUUAUUGAUGAGGCAGGGGCUUGGAAAAGCAAGCUUGAACCAGCAUCUAGGGAGCUAUUUGACUUCUUGCCCAAAACCAUUCAGGAGCAGCUUUUGCUUGAAAGAGAUCCCCAUGGAAAUGUUCAGGUUGCGAAAAUUGAAACUAAGAAAAUGCUUAUUGCCAUGGUUGAAACUAAAUUGGAGAAGAGAAGAGCGGCGGGGAAGUACUCUGCACAUUUCAGAGGCCAGUCUCUAGAUGCUGGUUAUAUGUAUGAUUGCAUGUACACAUCAAAUGUACUCACGGAGAAGAAUAGCCUGCUGUCUGAAGAACUGGAAAAGUGUCAGACCCAGCUAGCUGCGGCUACCGCCGAAUUGGAGAAAUCCAAGGGGGACCACCUGGAUCAGUAG